GGAAUGAUGUCCUCACACAGGCACAAUAACCAAUAGAUGGCAGUAAAAGGACACAGAGAUUGCAGCUGCCUAAACAAACAUAAAGGGGGUUAAAAAAGGGAGAGAGAGAAACAGAGAGAGAGAGAGAGGAAAAAAAAACUUGUGCAAGAUGGCGUCUGACUGGAGGGAGAGGGAGCCCCUCUGUGCAAGCCCUGGCUGCUGCUGAGAGAGGGGAACAGGCAGCCUGGGAGGGAGGCUGCACCCUACAUGGCGCUGGGAAGGCUGUCUCUGCUGUGGGGUUUGCAUUGGGCUGGCUGUGUCCUGGUGGUGGCUGCAAGGGAGACCAUCUGGCUGGACCUCAGCUGCAGCCCCGGCCAGACACACACUGUACUCCUACCAGACCAGGAAGCCAUCUUGCAUUGCGAGGUGGGCAGCAGAGAGGUGCCGUACAAUGUAACCUGGAAGAAGGAUGGGGUUCAGUUGAACUCAGAUGAAGCCCUGAGAGUCCUGCGCAAUGGGUCCCUGCUCAUAUCGCAGAUGGAGAGAGACAACAUUGAGGGAAGAUAUUCCUGUGCAGCCCAGGACUCUGUUGGGAUUGUAACAGGCAGAAGUCACACAGUGAGACUGGCAAGUCUUCCCUCUUUCCACCAACAGCCUGAGUCUCAGACUGUGAUGCUGAACAGCAUGGCAAGGUUUGAGUGUGGCUUUAGCGGGUUUCCACCUCCAGAGGUCACCUGGCAAAAAGACCAGGCUCCGGUUCCAGCUGAGUCUAGGUUUCUUACCCUCCCCACUGGAGUCCUGCAGAUAUCAGGGGUCCAGGAGAAGGAUGAAGGGUUUUAUCGUUGUAUGGUGACCAAUAUUCUGAACAGCAGCUACAGCAGUGAAGCACAUCUGUCCGUGGAGCAAGAUGCAAGUGUUUAUACUUUGGCAGAAGAGCUGACAAUCACUAGAGCUCCACAAAACAUAACAGUUGAGGAAGGUCACAGUGCCAUCAUGGAAUGUAUGGCUAAAGGGAAUAUUGUACCGCUGGUCUCUUGGAUCCGCGAGGAUGGAAAGCCAAUCUCUUCUGAUGUCAAACUGCUGGGGGAGACCAAUCUCCUGGUACCACAGGCACAGCCACCUCAUGCUGGGGUCUAUGUGUGCCGAGCCAACAAGCCACAUACUCGUCAUUUUAUCACUGCUACAGCCCAACUUCACAUUCUGGUCCACCCAAUCAUUACCCAGCCCCCGGAGACUAUCACUCGGGCCCGUGCUGGAACUGCUCGAUUUGUGUGCAGGGCAGAGGGGGAGCCAGAACCAACCAUUCACUGGCUAAAGAACGGACAACCACUUCUCUCCAAUGGCAGAGUGAGAAUUCAACCCAGGGGCAGUCUAGUUAUCACACAGCUUGCCCUGGAGGAUGUGGGGUACUAUCAAUGUUUGGCAGAGAACAGUGUUGGCAGUGCCUGUGCCACUGCUAAGCUGUAUGUGACAGUUCAAGAUGGACUGCCUGGCCCACCACAAGCUGUAAAGGCAGUGACAGUGUCCAGCAGAUCAGUGACAGUAGGAUGGGAACAGCCGGAGAGUAACUGGGAGAGAGUCAUAGGCUUCUCUCUGCACUACACCAAGACUGGGGGCUCAGACAAUAUGGAAUACCAGUUUGCAGUUAAUAAUGAUACAACAGAACUAUAUGUGAGAGACCUGGAACCAGGGACAAAGUAUACCUUCUAUGUGGUAGCAUAUUCCCAGCAAGGAGCCAGCAGUGCGUCUCCACCAGUUGUAAUAAAGACUCUGGAUGAAGUUCCAGCAGCCGCUCCAUCUCUGAACCUUCACAACCAUUCCCCAUCGCAGCUGCAUGUUAGCUGGCAACCACUACUACCCGAGCUGAGCAAUGGGCAAAUCAUCAAAUACCGCAUUGAAUAUGGCACUCAGAAGGAUGAUAACUUCUCCUCUGUGGAAGUUCUAGGGAAUGAAACCCAGGCAAUCCUGAUGCCAGUGCAGCUCAACAGUUUGUACAAAGUGAGGAUCUCAGCUAGCACAGCAGCAGGCUAUGGACUUCCCUCCCACUGGGUUCUGCACCGCACCCCUGACAGAGACAACCAGACGCAGGCCCCUUCUCAGAUGCAGCUGAAGGUCACUCCCCGCACCGAUUCACUCUCCCUCAGUUGGGAGCUGCCUUAUGGCGAGUUUCCAGUCUCUAGUUUCAGACUCUAUUACCGUCUCAUAUGCCCUGCUCUGGCUUUCGGCGGCUCCUGUCAACAGCAAGGAGAAAGGUGGGACGGGACCCCCAUCAAGCUGAAGAAGAAGAGAAGACAAUAUGAAAUAACACAACUAAUGCCUGGGCAAUUGUACCAAGUGAAAUUAGUGGCAUUAAACAAAAAUCAGGAAGGACAGACUGUAACUUGGAAAGGAAGGACCAAGCAAAUUUCCUCCAUUGCACAAGUCCCCCCUGCUCAGAGGAUUCCCCCGUUCCCACCCAGUCACAUUGAGGUUGAACCUAAUGGCUCCACGUCGGUGUGGGUACGGUGGAGGAGACCUGCUUUCAUCACUAGCAAAAUUGUUAACUACACAGUGCGCUGUGGGCCUUGGGGAGCUACGAACGCCUCACUUAUGACCUAUCAUGGCAGUGCUUCUGAAGAGAUCCUGGUUGCAGGCUUGAAACCUUACACCAAGUAUGAGUUCCAAGUACGGUCCAAUGGCGUUUUUGUGGAUGGGCCAUAUAGUGACAUUGUGGAGAAAAUGACACUGCCAGACAGGCCCUCUUCACCACCUGCUGACCUGGUACUGCAACCCCUGUCCCAGUUUUCUGUUCAGCUGCACUGGCGCCCUCCCGUGGAGUCAAAUGGAAUCAUUGCACAAUAUCUGAUCAUGUACACGACCAACAGCAGUCACCCUGAUGAGAUGUGGACUUUCUUAACCAGGGAAGGAAACAUAUUCAGCACAGAGGUGCAAGGAUUGCAGAGUGGGGCCAAAUAUUAUUUCAAGAUGGGAGCAAAAACUGUGUCAGGCUGGGGACCCUACACCAGUGCGUUAGUGGUGGAGACGUUACCUCCUACACCAUCAGCAGAUGUCCUGGACAUGAAUUCCGUGACUGGUAUCAUAGUGGGAGUUUGCCUCUGUCUCUUGUGCCUCUUGCUGUGCAUGUGUGCCAGCUUCCAACAGGGCAAGCAGAGGGACAGCUCGGAUAUAGGGUCACGCUCCAGCAGAGUCCCCACAUCUUACCAGCGAGCCAGACAGGGGUCCUGCUCACAGGGUCAUGGUCAAGAUUCACAUGAACUGGAGACCCUUAUGCCCUCCCAGCAAGAAGAUACACCAUCUCUUCCUGUUCCAGAGGCCACUAAUCUGAUUGUAGGGCAAAGCGUAGUCACAGCAUCCCAGCCAGAGGAAAAAAAUCCACUGAAAAUGAAGCCAUCCUGGAAUGGAUCAGUUACCCAGAACUGGGCUAAUCACAUCACCAGUUACACAGAGUCCAUUACUGGAGACCUCUCAUCAGCAGCUAAUGGCCCUGCAAACCCAUUGUCUUCUGGAGGCAUAAGGAUGACGUUGAAUGACUUUUCUUAUGAACCCUUGAAGGUAGAUAUUGGAAGAAGUCACAGGAAUACAUCUCAGAACCAAGUUGAGGCAGAUGUGAUUGUACAUUCUGAUUUCUCUGCCUCCGAAAGGAGUGGACAUUGCGCUGGCCUGGAUUCUGAAGAAGAGGAGGAAGAUCUCAGUUUGGAUCAGGACAGGUCCAUAAAUGGGACACUAAACACAGAUCCUAGUCCUCAAGUCCAACCUCUAACAGCAGAACAGAGACAAGACUUGAGUGAAGAGGAAUUGAUUCCGGUCACAACAGAAAUACAAACAGAUGCUACAGACUUAAAGAACCAGCUCCUCCUCAAUGGCUUCCACAAGAGUGUGGACUCUCAGGAUCUUCAGCCAACAGAGAGCAGUGUUCUCAGUGUAGAGUGUGGAGACUCACUGGCAGAUGAUGUUUCUGUUGUACUGAAAGCCCAGCAGGACUUAGCACUCAGCAAUACACAUGCAUCAGUUCAUCCCAGUUCACCUGACAGGCAAUGUACUGACUCAAUGAAUGGCUGAAACCCUCAACUCCAGCUUCAUGAGGUGAAGUGUGUGUGUGAGCUUGUUUAAAUGAAAAGGGCUGAGAGAACAAACUUGCUUCCCUGGCAAAGAAAGGGGGUCGUCAACUUUAUGCCACACUCCUGUAAGACUCGGGAAAUCUGAUUGUUUCAGCAACGGCCUGAAGGUAACAGAUUCUCCUGUAUUGGUGAGAGCCCUUUAGAAAGCAAAGAGUAUUAAUAAAGCACUCGCACUUGCGAAGAACAUCAGUGAUAUCUGUGAAUGGAGUUGACCACUUUGGAGCUGAUCAGAGAAUUGUGUUUCAUUUUCACAGUAUUUUCUUUACACAAAGGAAUUGAAGUUCUCCUGCUGAGAAUGCUCCUUGUUAAUAAUGAAUUUUAUUUUUUAUAAGACUUGACAUUCCUGUACCUAAACUAAGCCGUGUGCCUAAAGGAAGUCAUGCAUUAGUCAAUAAAAGAAGGUAAAACCAAGCCAGGGACCCCAGCAGGCCAUGAGUCAGAGUUUAAUUCACCAUACAAGUUGCCUUUUAAGCUUUUUAGCAUUAAUAAGUAUACCUUACCACAUACAUUGCUGUCCAAAGAGGUUGCAGCAGAUAGUUUAAAGCCAUCAUGAUCCUUCAUCAGUUGAAAACUACAGCUCCCUAAAGGUGGCCAUACAUGGUAAGAUUUGUUUGUUUGGUGAGGCCCCCAUGUCUUUCCCCAAUAUUCCCACCUUGGGGAUACGAGAAGCUGAAGCAAGGACUGCAUCAAUGAGCUAAUGCAGUCCUCAAUUUGACAGGAAUAUCAAACAUGCCCAAUCAACAUGUAGUCAAUUUUUGGCUAGAUAUUGGUCGGGGAGACCUGUCAGAGGGCCCUAUACCGAAUCGGUCUGAAGGACCUGAAUCUGCAGCUUAAAUCUGCCUGUGUAUAGCCACCUUAAGGCAGAGAUGUCAGACUCACCAAAAUACCAAAAGACUUCCAAAUAGAGUUGCCUAACUCUAGACAUAACCAGAAAAUGCUGAAGGCUUUACUUGGGUUUAGCCUUGCCAAGAAGAGACCAACUGUUUAUAUAUUGCUCCAGAAGAAAGCAGUGCAUUGUUGGUUUCCCCAAGCAAAAAUGUCAACUGCCCUCUCUGCUUAAAGGGCAACAACAGGCCAGGUAUUUGGCAUACUGUUCAGCUAGAAUAGGCAAAUGUGUGCUGAUCUUACCAGCUCCCAAGCGGUAUAUUUUAUAUUGUAUAUCAUGGCCUUUGAUUCUCAUGGAAUCUGGAGUUGUACAGCUGCUUGGGACCAAAACUCAUAGAAUCCCAACACAAACCAAGCAUGUGUUAGGAUGCUGUAAUUGUUGGUGGGCACAAUCUCUGGCCGGCAACCUAACGUUGGUACAAGGUGCACAAGAAACAUUCACUGGGUCUCCCAGAACAAAGCCCAGUGCAUCUCUGAUCUUGUUAAUGAUAGGUGAUAUUGUUGUUAUGUAUUUCUGUACUGGUGCAUUUGGUUACAUUCCAAGCUUUACUAAAGGUUGACACAAUCACUGGGCCAAUGUAUUAUCUGCUUUCAAGUGAUUUUUAUGCCUUAAAAAUUGGGUGAAAUUAUUGCAUCUGGGGAAUUUGUACUUACAAAGAUCAGCUGCAUUCGUUUUGCAGGGAAAUCUCCAGAAAAUAUAACCAUUGCUGCUGCUCCUUUAGCAAGUCAAACAUUUUCAUCCAAGGCUUAAAAUUCUGUAGAAAGCAAAUAAAGAAUCUAAAGUGUUCUGUGCUCUGGGGAUGAAUUCCUUCUCCACACGUGGUAAUGGAAAAUGAUUUUGCUACAGAUACCAUUCUAUACCAACUGUAUAAGAUGUAGGACUUAUGGACCUGCUACACAGUUUCCUUUUCCAUUCCUUUCUACGCACUCUGUGAGUGCUUCUCAGCUCCUCCAGGUCAUUUUCUAUCUCCUUACACUCACCCGAGUGUAAGUUGGGGGUGUGCAUUACCUGGCGUGUCCUAUUCCCUGGCGCUAAAAAUAAGUUGACCAUUUUCUUAUUGAGCACCCUAUAAGCUAUUAUAUUUUCUGUGACCAGUCUCAUACUCAGAUAUUGUGACCUCCUGCAAUUCUAUGCACUCAGCUCAAAAAAUAAGUUGGUCACUAACCAGGUCAGAUGAUUAGAUGGGGGGGGUUCACAUAUUUAAUAUGAGAUCCCUGCACUUAAAAUGGGGAUACACAAUAGCCUAUAUUCACCAAAGGUCAAUAAAAUAAAGUAAAAACAGUAUUAAACUAAAUUUUAACAUCAGUUUUAUCAAGUAACAAUAUGAAUUUUGUUUAUAAAUGUCAUUAUAGUAUAUAAGAUUUAAAUAAAGUGGAUGGAUGACUGCAAAAA